AAAGUAGUGUCAAUCUUCAAUUGAAGUUAUAUUUUCUCAUUCCCUAUCCUAUAAUAACUACACAAUUAUUGGGUUAGUAAUAAGAGUAUGAUGUGUUAUUAGUAGAGUAAUAAUAGGAAUAGAGUGUUUGGUAAGUUACUUCCUAGUCUUAAGCUAAUAACCGUUGGGUAGUGUGUGUUAAGCUAGUGUUUGGUUCUAUUUUGUAGCAUAUAUUAACUUUUUAUUAAGAGCUCACACGCUGUAAAGUAUCAAUUAUUAGUUGUUAAUUUGUCUUACUCUUCUUCAUGCUAAUUAUAUAUUCCUAUCAGCCUUAACUUGACACACAUAAAAAAUAUAUAUGGAGUCGUCUUUCGUAAACGGUGCCGUUUCACCACCGCCACGUCAUCACGUCGUCUUAUUCCCUUUCAUGGCCAAAGGCCACACAAUCCCACUUCUCCACCUGACACGUCUCUUCCUCCGCCGCAAUAUUCCCGUCACCUUCAUCACCACUCCGGCCAACCGUUCAUUCAUAGCCAACUCUCUCUCCGACACCUCCGUCUCCAUUAUCGACCUCCCUUUCCCUGAAAGUGUCCCCGGAAUCCCGGCCGGAGUAGAGAGUACGGAUUCUCUUCCCUCAAUGUCUCUGGUACCGUCCUUCGCCAUGGCUACAGCUCUCAUGAAACCUGAUUUUGACCGAGCUUUGAGGAAUCUGGAUCCUUCUCCGAGCUUCAUCGUCUCCGAUGGAUUCCUAUGGUGGACCUUAGAUUCGGCGUCCGAAUUGGGUCUCCCACGACUCGUUUCUUACGGUAUGUCCACUUACGCUCAGGUCCUGAUUAGAGUUUCGAUCCAGUACGGGCUAUUCCACGGUGUUCGAAACGACGAACCAAUCACUGUCCCUCCUUUCCCAUGGAUUAAAAUACGAAAGGACGACCUUCCUAUGUUUUCGGAUCCUAAUCCCGGGUCAGAAUUCAUUGGCAAAACAAUGGAAGCCACGUCACGGAGUUUCGGCAUGAUUGUGAAUAGUUUCUACAGCAUUGAAUCAACUUAUGCUGACUAUUUUAGUCGGAACUUUGGGCCGAGAUCCUGGUGUAUUGGGCCUCUAUGUUUGGGAAGCCCAUUAAGGAAUACAGGCCCAGCAAACAACUCCAUGAUCAUUAGAUGGCUAGACCAGAAGCGAGAUCAAGAAGGGGGCUCUGUUCUGUACUUGGCGUUUGGUUCUCAGGCUGAGAUUUCUUCUGAACAAAUCAAAGAAAUCGCAAUUGGGUUGGAAGAAUCUGAGGUCAAUUUUUUGUGGGUAUUGAGAAAGAAGGAGAAUGAUGAGAGUAAUAACAUUGAUGGGUUCGAAAAGAGAGUGAGAAAAACUAACAGGGGAAUGGUGGUUAGGGAUUGGGUUGAGCAAAGAGAGAUAUUGAAUCACCAAAGUGUACAAGGGUUUUUAAGUCACUGUGGUUGGAAUGCUGUGAUGGAGAGCAUAUGCGCCCAAGUACCCAUUCUGGCGUGGCCCCUUACGGCGGACCAGCCUUUGAAUGCGAAAAUGGUGGUGGAAGAGAUCAAGGUUGGGCUGAGAAUUGAGAGCUGUGAUGGUUCAACAAAAGGGUUUGUGAAAAGCCAAGGGUUGAAGAAGAAAGUGAAGGAGUUAAUGGAAGGAGAGACAGGGAAGGAGGUGAGGAGUAAGGUGAAGGAAGUUGGUGCCAUUGCUAAGAAGGGUAUGGAAGAAAGUGGUUCAUCAUGGCAAGCAUUGGACUCUCUCAUCAAUGAAGCAUUGUCCUCUAAGAGUAAGAAUGAUUUUCAAUGCAUGAUGAUGCCUAAUUGCUGAUUGUAAGUAACAUGGGAAAAUAUGAACUAUAUAUAUAUAUAUAGAUAUAUUAUAUACCAUGUUCUCAUGCAUGCAUUAUUUGUAUACAGUAUAUCACUAUCUCAGUACUUUUAAAAUUAUAUGAAUCUAAUAAACACUCACGUCAGUGUUUCUAGCUUUUUAA